UUUGACUGCGCUGUCUCUCCUGCAAACUCGUACGGCAUAAUGGAUGGGGGAUUCGACUACUACCUCUCUGAGGCGCUCUCUCCCCCAAAGGACAUCAUGGCGCUCACACGCUGCGCUCAGGCAGCACUGAAGGAGCGCUACUACGGCUUCGCGCCGCCCACCUCCUGCACGCUCGUGCCGCUCCCUCCCGCACUGCGGCAGAACCCCCGCUUCCCCCGCGCCCGCGCGCUCGCGGUGUGCCCGACAAUGCGGAUACCCGCUGAUAUGGAUUGGCACCGCGACCUCGUGUACAACAUCAUGUGGACUCUCCUCGUCGAGCUCGAGCACUGGAACGAGACGCACGGGGAGGGCGAGCGGAUUGCGCGCGUCGUGAUGACGGGCAUGGGCACGGGCGUGGGCAGAGUAGACAAGGCGGUGUGUGCGCGGCAGAUGGUGCUGGCGGUGAAGCAUUUUCUGGAUGCC